AUGACGCUCAUUGAAAAUGGCAAAAAUGAAGAUGACAUUUACCAUGAAAAAUUACCGAAUAUUUGUAAUGCCUUAAAGAGAUCGGCAAAGAAUUGUUGCACCCUCACAACGGCAAGGAAACGUUUCCCCAUCAUAAACUGGUUGCCAAAAUAUAAAUGGAAAUUUCUCAUACAAGAUUUAGUUGCGGGUCUAACGGUGGGACUAACCGCCAUUCCACAAGCGAUCGUCUAUGGUACAAUAGCGGGUUUAAGUCCACAGUAUGGCUUGUACUCGGCAUUUAUGGGCUGUUUCAUUUACAUAAUCUUUGGCACUUGCAAGGAUGUUACAGUUGGCCCCACCGCCAUUAUAUCUCUCAUGGUUCAAACGCAAGUAGCAGGCAGCGCUGACUAUGCAAUAUUACUCUGCUUUCUAUCUGGUAUUGUCGUACUUCUGAUGGGUAUACUAAAUUUGGGAGCACUCGUGCAAUUUAUAUCAAUACCUGUGACGACAGGAUUUAGCACAGCGGCAGCAAUAACAAUUGCCAGUGCACAAAUUAAUAAUCUGUUCGGAUUGACAAGUCCCUCCAAUGAUUUCAUAGAAUCCUGGGUAAAUUUUUUUACUCAUUUAAAAAAUACUCGACGAAAUGAUGCUAUCCUAGGCUUAACAACAUUAAUUUUACUAAUAAUUAUGCGAAAGUUGAAAGAUAUCCCCUGUUCCUAUAAAACAAUCACCAAGUACAUAUCAUUGUCUCGGAAUGCACUGGCAGUCGUUGUCGGCAUCACUUUAUGUUAUACACUCAGUCAUGAAAACUGGUUGGCGUUUCGGGUAAGUGGUGAAAUUGUACCAGGCAUUCCAACAUUUCAGCUGCCACCUUUCCACACCCAAGUGAAUGGCACAGAUGUCAGUUUUGCUGGGAUGAUACAGGAAUUGGGCGCCUCACUGGCAGCCAUACCUCUAAUUUCGGUGCUGGAGAGUAUUGCUGUGGCAAAGGCAUUUUCAAUGGGAAAAAUUGUAGAUGCCUCACAAGAAAUGAUUGCAUUAGGUAUCGCCAAUAUAAUGGGUAGUUUUGUUUCAUCCAUGCCCAUUACAGGCUCAUUUACGCGUACUGCAAUCAAUAAUGCCAGCGGCGUUAAGACUACGUUGGGCGGUGCUUUCACCGGCAUAUUGGUUUUGAUGACCUUGGCGUUCCUCACGGAAACUUUCUAUUAUAUACCAAAGGCAACUUUGGCUGCAAUUAUAAUAGCCGCCAUGAUAUUUAUGGUGGAAUAUGAAAGAAUCGUCGAAAUUUGGCGCGCAAAAAAGGUGGAUAUGAUCCCUUUCCUGGUUACAGUGAUUGUUUGUAUAUUUUGGACUCUGGAAUACGGUAUGGUCUGCGGCAUCGUUGUAAAUAUGUUAUUCAUAUUGUACAAAAGUUCUAGGCCCAAAAUAGUCAUUAAAAAAGAGAAGUUGCAAAAAGACACUGAAGUAGCCGUUGUGGAUGUGCAAGAAAAUUUAACCUACUCUUCAGCGGAAUAUCUGAAAUCAAAGGUGAUUAAAUACAAAACCAUGCAUGGAGAAGACAUCAAAAUGGUAGUGAUAAGGGGAGAGGAAAUCUUUACAAUUGACACAACAGUGGCGUUGAAUAUUAUAGCGUUGAAAAAAGACUUGGAAGCCCUAGAUUGUGACUUAGUGUGCUGGAAUUGGCAAAUAUCUUCAGCUGGCGUGGUCUGUCGCUUACAUCAUGAUGCGCGGAGUAUGUUUAAGUUUACUAAAACACUGCAGGAGGUUAUGGCGAGAGGCAUCCAAGAAAGUACCAUGACAAUACAAACAGACAGUGACUCAACUACGAUACCGAUAUAAUCCGAAGAUAAUUUAAUUUUAAGUUUAAAUAUUUACCUACGAAAUGAUACUUUGAAGUGAUGCGCCUUUAUGUUGUCACACAAAAAAGAGGGUCCUACAGUUUUACGCCGACUCUGAACGGCGAUUGUAUUUUUAUGAGAAGCUGUCUUUCAUGUCGGAAUUUUGUAUAUAUAGACAUAAAAAAUUAGACACUGCUUGUACCAAAAAAACUAUUUGUUUGAUCUCCUUAACCCAUCACCGGCCAGAUUGAAAGUAUGAGUUGCAUAUACAGCUAUGGUUAAUGAUUUAACACCAAAAUUC